AGUCCAGGGGAAGCAAAAGACUGUACAAAUGUAUCCAACUUUUCAAAAGUAUAUGUCUACAUAGCAACACACAGUCCCAUGUCAAUGAAAACAUUGUGUGGGAAAGGAAGGCGGAAGCACAGCCUGUGUCUGUAUUUCCUUUCCACUACUCGACUUGCUCAUUUGUCAUUACGGGAAGUAUAAUCGACAAGCCAAUCAAAUGCAGAGCUAGCACUUAAUAGACGUUUUCUUCUACCAACCAAGUGGCACCACGCUCAGUAUCCCACGUAUCAUUAUUUAGAACACGUGGCCAGUGGGUAAGGCCCUAACAGGCUAAUAGCCAUCGCUUCUAAAUGUUUGACGCUGGGUUCAGCCAAUAGUAAGGUAAAAAAUAUACGUGUGGGCGGGAAUUGUACUUGGAAGAGAGUCUACUAGAAAGCAAGGCGGAAGCAUUGCAGCUGACUAUCUAGCAAUGGGUAUUUACGGAUAUUGGAGACGAUUAUGAGGUGUUCGAGCUGCAAGUGGACACGGCAGUCAUUACAUGGAUCAGUAAGAGAUCCAUGCAGACAUUGAAGACAAUGACCCUGCUUGAAACACUUGGCGCUGGUUAAGCAUCACAUCAAUGGCAGUGACAGAGUGUCAAUGGGCAUCUUUGGGCUCUCGUGUAGGGCUGCGCGCUGCGCUGGUGCUACUGUCUGCUUCACUUCUGGUGCUUCUCUUACCCUUGAGUGGACUGGAGCAUCAGUACAGAACAGCCUUGAACAUAUUGCUGCAGUAUAACCUGUGGGGGGGUGAUGAUCGGGGGCACACAUUCACUGGCCAGACCAGGGGUCUCGCUGUCGCCUCAACGGCAAUUGAACUUCUUGUGCUGAAACAGAAGCCUACAUCAGAUGUCACGUUCGAAGCCAAAGCUGCUCUAAACCAAGCUUUAGAAAUGAAGCGCCAGGGGAAGAAGGAUAAAGCACACAAGCUUCUUCAUCAUGCCUUAAAGAUGGACCCCGAUCAUGUGGAUGCCUUAAAUGAGCUUGGCAUCCUCCUGGAAGAAGAAAAGGACAUCAUUCAGGCCGACUAUUUAUACUCAAAAGCUCUGACACUAUCACCACAUAACGAGAAGGCUUUGAUAAACCGAGAUCGGACGCUGCCCCUUGUUGAAGAAAUUGACCAGAGGUACUUCAGUAUAAUCGACAGCAAAGUAAAGAAACUACUGUCAAUUCCAAAAGGCAAUCCUGCUCUCCGCAGGGUAAUGGAAGAGUCUUAUUACCACCACAUCUAUCACACAGUUGCUAUAGAAGGAAACACCCUCUCGCUUUCAGAGAUCCGGCACAUUAUUGAAACCCGUUAUGCCGUGCCAGGAAAGAGCUUGGAAGAGCAGAAUGAGGUCAUAGGUAUGCAUGCUGCCAUGAAAUACGUCAACGCAACUCUGGUUUCCAGAAUAGGAUCAAUGACUAUUGACAACUUAUUGGAAAUACAUAGACGGGUUUUGGGCUAUGUGGAUCCUGUAGAAGCUGGCCGGUUUCGUCGUAACCAAGUUUUUGUUGGCCAUCAUAUCCCACCCCACCCUAGAGAUGUAGAGAAACUCAUGCAGGAAUUUGUGCAGUGGCUAAACUCUGAAGAAGCAAUGAGCUUACACCCGGUGGAGUUUGCUGCUCUAGCCCAUUAUAAACUAGUAUAUAUCCAUCCCUUUGUAGAUGGCAAUGGCAGGACAUCUCGCUUGCUUAUGAAUCUUAUUUUGAUGCAAGCAGGGUACCCACCAAUUACUGUAAGGAAAGAACAGCGCUCAGAGUAUUAUCAUGUUCUAGAAAUAGCCAACGAAGGUGACGUGAGGCCUUUCAUAAGAUUUAUAGCCAAAUGUACUGAAAGCACCUUAGAUCUUUUAUUGAUUGCUACAGCAGAACACCCUGUAGGUCUUCCAGAGCCCAAUCAUGGUUCUUCAGAGUGCAAACAAUCUAUUACAAUUAAGACUUGACCUACACAAUACUCCUUUGCCUUUCAUGCCUUACCCUAUUUAUUAGUGGAAUUGACCCUCCAUUUAGUUACCUGAAGAUACAUUAAGAUACAAUGCCCUCAUACUGUUGUAUCUAAGGGAAGCCCCUUUACAAGGUAUAUUCUUAGGUUUCAUUCAUACUACACACUGGUGUAAUUUUGAUCGUACUAAUCAGCCCAACAUCACCGUUGCAGCUGUGAAAUCUUUGGGAACAGGAUGAUCUAAUCACGCCAUGCAAAUAUGUCCUGUCCAAGAAAGUGCAUGAUGGUGUUCAUUAAUGUUUUUUCUUUUUUUUUUUAAAUGCAUCCCACUUAAUUAUCACAUAAAUUGCAUCCAGAAUCAUAAAGAUUUAAUUUUCAGGGUUGGAUUACCGUCUGUAGUAUGAAGACGACUUAAAACAUAAAGAAUCAUACUCCGCGUGGCUUUAUUUGCCACAUUAUCUUAAUUUAUUUGCCCAUGUUAUGCUGCUAGUUAGAUUUUUUGUUUGUAUUAAAUGCAAUUCAUUGACUUGUGGGAUCACAAGUCCAUGAAUUGCAAUAAUAAGGAAAAUGAUAUAUCGGAUAAUGAUUUAUGCUACUGAUUAUCUUUCAUUAGUGAACCAAAAUUCGAAAUACUGCUGCUUGCCAUCAAAUGUAAUGGUUAUAAGCAGAAUUUCCCUUUUUACAAACGUGGAAUUUUGCCUUUGAGCUGUAUACCAGUAGAUUCCAGGGCAUAUCAAAGUUCUAGUGAGAACACUGGAAACUAACCAGUAUUACUAAACAUAUAAGAUAAAAAAACAUAUGUAAAGGGCUUUAUUGCACAUACUAAUUUACUAAUUCUUUGCACUUUGUCUGAACCUUAGAAGCAAAUAUAAUUAUAAUUCACUCUUUGUAUAGCAUAGGAUCUAUUUUUCAAAAACCAUCAUUCAGACAAGCUCAGAGAUAUGGAAAUGUCAUUUUCUAUAGAGUUCAUUUUAAACAAUAUUUUUUUUUCCCUGUAAUAAAUAAUAAUAGCUUGUAAAUGAUUGUAAACUAGAGGCAUGUUGUAUGGCAAUCCUAUUGGAUUUUUAUAAGCCUAUUAUUAGCACUCCGUAUAAUAUCGUCCCAUACUGAAUCAAUGCAGCUUGGUGAUUGAAUUGAUAAAUGUACAUCAAAUAUUUAUCGUUCAUCGCUCAAGCUUUCAGGAUUUGUUAUCCCAAACGAAGAACUAAUCUGGUAUCUCUAAUCUCAUAGAAGGCUAUGGGCAAAGUUGUGAUACGUUUUGAUUCCACUUUCCUGGAAGUGUGAAAGCGCUUUUCAGGGUGAUUGUCAAAACGUUUUCCUUGCUUUGUGUUCUCUAGCUUGUAUGAAAAUGCUAGCAUCUUAGCUUGCAGGUUUAGUUAGAUUUGGUUUUCUUAGGCUGGGUAGUGAUAGCCUUCCUUUCUAUGUUUAUAAUCAGGGCUGUAGAGUUGGUACAUAAAUCUGUUGAUUCCGACUCCUCAUUUUAUGGUACCUCUGACUCCAACUCCUCUGCUUUUAAAGGAACGGUAUGUGUAUAGAAAACGGAUCCGCACACACUCUGAUUAAUGCAGUUGGGGAGUAUCCCCUUUUAUUUAGCCACCAAACAUCAACGUUUCGGGGGGGGGGGAAACACCCACCCUUCAUCCUUCACAUACGUUGCUAAGGGACCCGGCCAGGUCAACGGAAGAGACGCAGAAUUGGUGAACUACAGGUCUGCGGUAGGAGAAAUUACAUUGUGUUCAAAGGAUCGGUAGCACCAAAAACUGAAAGUGUAUCAAAGUAAUGAAAAUAUAAUGUAAUGUUUCUCUACACUGGUAAAAGCUGUGUGUUUACUUCAGAAAGACUACUAUAGUUUAUAUAAACAUGCUGCUGUGUAGCCAUGGGUGCAGCUCUUCACGCAGGAAAAAAGGCACAGGUUCUGUCCAAUACAAUGGAGUUUUAUGUAUUUGGUGCAUAACCUGUGCAAACACGCCGCUUUUACUAGUGCAUGCUAACAGUAUAUUAUAUGUGAAUUAUGUUAAAACGAUUUCAAAUUUUGGUGUUACUGUUCCUUUUAUAUACUAAUGUGUUUUCCAUGUUAAGUACACAACAUACAAGGCAUUAUUAUAAACCAAAGUUAAACUACAUAAAACAAAAAGAGAUGGAAAACCUAAAACGUCUUCUAUAUUAAUUGAACCUGGUCUAUUGCUGUAGAAUAGCUGUUAAAUACAAUCCAAAAUUAACUAAAGCAUUGUCCUUAUAAACAAAAUUGCUUCUGCCAGAUUCUCCGCCACAGAAGCUUUUAAAUCUGAUUAUUUUCAGUUUUUAAAUUUAUUAGGAGUCAUCACAUUUGGGGUGACUCCGAAACCCAAAAUUGCUUCCAACUCCUCAGCUCUGUCUAUAAUCCCUUAUAACUGCUGGUGGGCGUGGCCUUUCAGGGACUUCCCUUAUUGGGGACUACAUCCAACCACAUGGUGUUAAACCUCACACCAGGCUCAACCUUUUCCUUUAUAGUCUGUAUUCCUCUGUACUAUGCACAGGUCUGCAGGAAAAAUCUUUAGUGGUCUUAAGUUUUAUCUGCCCAUAUUAUUCAAUUAAUAUGUUGCUUGCAUUGCAGAUAAUCUUUUAUUUAAAUGAAUACGAGGAAGAAGGGCACUUGUGACCGGUCUAUUUUUCCUAUACUGUAUCGUGGAUCCUAUUAAGAUGGUAAAGGAUUUGAAAGAGGUUACUACUCCAGUAAAAAAAUGUUUUUUUCAUGAUACUGCAUAUGUGGUGCAGCUUAUUGUGUCUGUUCUUUCUUGUUAAAACAAGAAGAUAACUUUAAAGCACUUUGUUUUUGUAUUGGUAAUGUAGCCCAACAAAUGGAUCUCCACAUCAGCGACCAGUCUGCUUGGCACAUCCAAAUUUAAUACCAGCAUGUUGUCUUAUUUUUAAGUCUACAUUUAAAUCUGGAAGAUUAUUUUACCUUUGCAUAACAUUUCCAGUGCCGGGAUGUCACUCGUUUCAAAAUGAUUUCUCCUUAGAGCGUUGCUGGUGUUUCAACUACAUUUUAUAUAUUCUGCCAGGUUGUGAACUAUUAUCCUGGACAUUCUAAUCUGAAGAACGUAUCAUAUCAUCGAUCUUCUACUGGUGCAAGGGGAUCUCUAGAACAUCAUUAUUGCCUUAUACAGAUUUUAUAACUGAAUUCUGUUAUUUAUCACCAGUUUGUUUAUUAUCAUUUCAGUUUCUGUGACAAUAAUUCCUGCAGAGCCCAAUGUAAUUGCAGAUUGGUCCUGCUUUUUACUGGCAUUUAUAUGGCAACCUCAGAAUGACUGAAAGUUAUGCCAGUUCAGUUAUAUAACUGAAUAUUUCCGGUGAACCCACCAUUGAUUUUUUUUUUUUUUUUUUCAAGCAUUUGGCACUUUAGUUGUGUGCAAUAUUUUAAAUAAUAAAUUAUUUUGAUGUUGAAGCACCUACUGUCUUAAUGGAAUGUCACCAGGCAGUGGUUUGACAAGUGUAUGAUGAUCCUUAACUUUUCCUUCCAUUCUUUUCUAGCAUUUAUAAAGGACAUAGAAUGGCUGCUUGUGUAAGAACAGGAUGUUUUAUUAGAAUAAUUGCGUAAGUGGAUGAAUGGGAUCACUGGUGCAAGGAAUCAGUUAUUAUUUUUCCAUAUCCAAGUGAUAAGGUGAUAUCACAAUUAUUCUACCAUUAAUAAGGUGGAAGUAUUGUGAAAAUCCAAUAAAAUAUUUGAACAACAA